CGUGUCCUUCGCUCCAGAGCUCCAAGCACUCUACCUCGUUGCAGACCUCUGAAGUGCAGCUCUCUAAACAUGACGACCGUCGGCGAAAGCUCUUGUUCUCCGCCAAAAUCCGCAGACGACGACAAGCCGGUGGUCGUCAGGGUUAAGCGCAAAGCCUCUCAGUCUCGUCUCGACGCUUUAUGGCUUGAAAUCAGUGAGAGACCGCUGAAGCGUCCGUUGUUAGAUUUUGAGAAUUUAUCAAUCUCUGAUUCAUCUAGGAAAGAGGAAUUCAAGACUAAGAAGGUUUUGGUACAGCAUGUGGAGACAGUAAGAAGCUCUGAGACGGCCAUUGAUGUUGUCCAGUCAUUUGUGGUCAGUACGGCAGUUUGUGUCUUAACUAAAUGAUGGGUUUUAUUUACUUUUGUUAAUCAGCGUAAGCUGAAAUGAAGUUGUCAUGGUUUCAUCAUCAUAGUUUGAUUUUGUUCAAGUUUUGUAUAUGGGGUUUUCUUUUGAUGUCUUGUCUUGAUGAGACUUUGAAGCUAUCGAUGAGUGCUUCUAUGCUGAAAGGAAUGAUGAUUAGUGUCUGUUUCAGUGGAAAUCUGAGGUUAUAUUUGUUAUUCUUGUCUUCUUGCUGAGAAUGUGAAACAAUUGGGUUCAUAAACCUUUUGUUCAGCAAAGGACUUGAGUUUG